UGUAAGAAGAGGCAUGAGUUAGUGUUGAGCAUUGCUUGUAGAGAGAGUGACAUAUUUUCAUCAUGACUGAUCUUCACAGCUGGUUCCUCACAUCCUGGAUUCUCUGGUGCCUGACGAUUUGCAGAUGCAGCGACGUCAUUGUACAGAGUUUCGAGGGUGAGAAUGUAACUUUGCCAUGCAAAUAUGACAGCAGAUAUCAUGGCAAAUGCCACAUAUGCUGGAUGAGAGGAGAUAUUCCCAAUACUGGCUGUGGCGAAGAAAUUAUUGGAAGCGAUGGAGAUAAAGUAUCAAGGAGGAAAUCACCUAGAUACAAUCUGAUGGGACAAAUCCAGCAUGGAGACGUGUCUCUGACUAUUUUUAACAUUGAUAAAACAGACUCUGGAAAAUACGGAUGCCGUGUACAUGUGCCUGGAUGGUUUAAUGAUGAGAAGUAUUACGUCCAUUUGAUCGUUGAUGAUGCGCUUAUUCCAACAACCCUGGAAACUACAUCCAUGUCAGGCAGCACAUCUGAGCACGAAACCACAGGAGUUUACACCACUGCCAUGACAGAGGCACCUGCUACAACCACACCAGACCCUUUGGUAACAACUAUUUCUGGCAUUUUAACUUCAGAAUCACAGACCACUGAAACAUCAAGAGAUAAUAAGACAAGAAAAGAGAUUUCUUCAACCGUCAGUUCAUCACAUGCUCCCAGAAGCAGCACUACUGGAAUGUGGCUCUCCAGUACAACAUCCGUUGAACCUUCUGUUUCUGUUGUGUAUCAUGAAUCAUCUUCUGCAGAAAGCAAAGAUAAUGUGAAUGUAUCUGCAGUUCUUGUGCCUGUUCUCCUGUUACUGUUGGCUUUGAUAGUCAUUGCCGCUGCUUUCAUAUGGAAGCAAAAAAAGAAAACCAGAGCCUCGCUAGAAGUAAGGCAGAAUUCUGAGAUCUCCGUCAUCUACAGUAACUCUGGCAGCAGUGUGGGUCUCUACAACAGAGAGAUGGCUGUGGAAAACGUCUAUCAGAUACAGGCUGAAAGUGAAUACGAACAGUGGCAUUAAUAUCUGAGCAAGCUCACAUUCAUUGACCAGUGUGGAGUUGUUUUCUGUUUCGUUUCUAAUAAUGUAAAAAUCUAUCAGAGGAAUUAUUAACUUGGACUAACCUUAUACUCUGAUGACAAGUGGCUAACAUAAUGUAACACUAUAUCUUUAUUAAACAUAAUCUGAAGUCAACAAUGUUUAAAUCAAUCAUUACCACAGGUGCAUUCACAGCUGUGCUUUUCUUACAACCUUUACACUCUAAAAUGUUUUUUAAAGAGUGCAUAAGACAGGCUCUCACGUUUACUUGAAAAUGGCCGUAGUACUGAUUGGAACCAAAGUCGAUACUUUCGACAACUCUAAGCGCUAGAAGUGCUAAUGUCAGCUUUAAAUUGAUAGCCACCGAUAAAGCUGUUCAUAGUGUGUUCACACCUCUCACUCAGAGGUCACACCUAGAAAACUUCCUUUCUCCAUAACAAACCAAAAACAAUUCUAUUAACAAUGAUACAGUUUUUAGAGGUAUAAUGCUUGAUUAUUACAAUGUAUGUACACAAAAAGGAAAGAUCAGUAUAUUAAAGAUCAGUGGAUUGUAUACAUUUUUCCUUAUUUCUUCAGAAAUAUAAUUGUAUUAAGGUAACAUUUUCAUUUUUAUACUACAGCAUACAUUAGCAUUCAAAGGUUAGGAGCUUG